AUGAGUAGGGCACGUGGUCGCCGUGGAACUCGAGGUGCAAGUCGUCUAGCCGCACCAGAUCUUAUUUCUCCAGUUCUUAAUGCUCUGCAGGAAGAGACUGCUGAGGGGAGUGGGGCUAGUCGUCACUCUGAGGAGGCUAGUCGCCACACCACUGAUCCUACUUAUAUCCCAGAGCCUUCUGUGGAUCCUGCUAUUGCUGCUCAGUCGUCUAGGGUUGCUGGGCAAGUAUUUGUUGGUACUGAUGAGCAGAGGCUCAUUUCCUUUAGAAAGCAUAAACCGCCAGCAUUUCAGGGGUCAAGGGACCCGAAGGUAGUGACUACCUGGCUGAUGGGUAUGGAGAAGAUAUUUCAGGAAGAAGAAAUUACUUGGGCUUUAUUUGAGAGGCUGUUUCAUGAAGAGUACUUUCCUAGGGAUGUUCGGGAAGCUAAACAGGGUGAGUUCGAGAAAUUGGUACAGGGUACCAUGACAGUUGAUGCCUAUGUGGCAAAGUUUAAUGAGUUAGUGAAGUUUGCUAAUUAUGGGGGUGUGCUUCUGACUCCUGAGAUUUUUUCUGCCAAGUUUCAGAGAGGUUUAAAUGAGAAAAUUGCUAAGAGGAUGUCCAAUACUGCUGUGAGGAAUUUUGCUGAUUUAGUGACCCAGUGCUAA